AUGCGGCAUUUGCUUCUUCUGCUAAUUAUCUCGCUGGUUUUGGUGUUGGCCAAGCCGGCAACGGAGGCACCACGUUUGCUCAUCGAUUCGGCUCCAUCGGUGGUCUCCUACCAGGGCUCAUCGCAGACUCAGACGCGCUUUGUCAUCGCGCCUAUGGGUAGGGCACUGGGCUAUGUGGAACCCACAAAUCUUAACCGGACUUUCCAUACAAAGGCCACGCAGGAGGGCGGCAGUACGGGCUACGAGCUGCUAAAUCUAAGUCCGGUUUAUGUGCCCGGCAGUUAGGCAAUGGAUAUGCGUAGUAUUAAGUAGUUAAAUGUGUGAAUAAAGCUUGAUUGUAUAACAGUAUAACAGUUUGUGGAAAGUUGAUUUUGUUUCAAUUUGUUUAGCCGCUUUUAAGAGCGGUGUGCUAGAAAUUUCCGAUUUUGUAACAGUAUAACAGUUGUAUAUAAAAAUUUCCCAAGAAACUCUUAUUUUAUAACAGAUCCGGAAUGCCGCCUAAUCCUUUUGAAUAGUAAUUCUCAAUUGUGCAAAUAAAAUUAAUAAUGUCUACUUGUAUAACUGUAUUAACGCUUCCAUUCUGUCACUAAAGAUUUAUAAAUGUUGUAUCUUACAGUAUAAUUUAAGAGACAAGGGACUAGAGACAACCCCCCUGUUGGCAACCCACCCAAAAGUCAUACUCCUUUUUUAAUUUAGUAGGCUUUGACACUUCCUUCAGGAAUUUGAUAUGGCCGAGUCCUUUCACUCUGAUUCAUGGUGUUGUAUACACCUCCCUUAAAAAAAAGAAAUUUAGCCACAAUUAUUUAAAAUAUGUCGGAAAUGGCGAGGAUUAGUUGCCGCCAAGGACGUGUGCCCAGCGCAUCGAUGAUGUUCAGCAUCAUGCGGUCAGCGGAAGAGACUGCUGAUAUGACGGCGCUGGAAUACCACGAGAGCCUGAUCAGGGAAAUACGCACUCUGCACAAGCCGAGAGAUGCGAACGGCGUGGUUGUGGAAAUUGAUAAAGGUAACUCUACCUGUCGUAAUUCCGAGUCCACGACGCCAUUGCUCAUGCUCCCAGAUAUCGAUUCCAAUGACGAGAAUCUCAUGGAGUUCCUGGCCUAGUAGAAGUGGCAUUCCGAUCUAAUCCAAAUUCCCCGUAACACCUGAUCUCGAUUUUCCAGACGAAGUUCCCAAACAUCGGCCCCAUCGCUUUCGCAUCUAAACUCUGGGUACGGAUUUCGGACUGGAUCCGCGCCGGCAAACGGUUGGAUCUUUAUAUAGCUCGCCACUCUUUGGCCACUUUGUUCGUGGAAUAAAAUGCAUUUCAUCUCGUUUUUGCUGACAUAAAA